AUGAACUAUUUUGCCGGGUCCGCCACUUUCCCCCAUAACUUGGUUCCCCUCGUCGGGACUCCGGUCAACACUCCGUCCUACGGAUCGCUCGUCGGACCUUCUCUUUUCUGCGUCGACGCGUCCGUCUCUACUCCGCCUCUGGCGACAGGGUUUGUCGAUCUCGAGAUGGAGGACGACCACUCGGCCUGCUACCAUUGCUCUUGCCUGUCUCAGCCCGGCGUCGUCUUCGCUAACCCUCCUCAGGCGGCCGCCUAUGUCGUCACCUCUGCCGCCGAAGUCGUGCCCGUCUCGCAGCACCUCUUCACACGCCUCGACGAUAACUCCAUCCCGACGGCCUCCUGCUUCGUCGAUCGACUCGAUCAGCAACUCAGUCUCGAGGCCAACACCUCCUUUGACUACAUCGUCUACCCGGCCGGUCUUGACACCCUACCUUCGGCCAGAGAGACCGGUUCUUUGCCGCUCUCCACCGCCUCUUUCACUGAGCUCUCCUGCUCCUCCUCUUGCACCGACAACUCACAACGCGUCAGUCCACGCUCUGGCAACUCCACGCCAGUCAGGACCCCGGCAGUGCCCAUGACAACUAUGUCCGUUGACAGUCUGCAGUCCUGCGGUCCGAGCUUUCCGCCACAGAUCGCCUCUUCCCUUGGCAGCCUGACCACUUUAGAAGGCCUCACUGGUACUACGGCUUCUAUCAUCCGGCCGGCCUCCUCGAAUCCGCACACUUGGAGCCUGGCUCUAGGACCAGGCCUGUCGCAGACGAGUGUGCAAUUCUACCCUCUCGGCAGUGACGGUUUCUCCGCCCUCGUUCGCGAUGAGCUCUCUUCGCCCUCGGUCUUUUCCACUGAGAGUUGGUCUGCUGAAACAUUGGGCCUUUUGGGUCCGCUAGAUCAGGAGCCCCCCAAGGCGGCUCCGCUGGCCAAAGGCCAGCUGAUUCCAUCCAUGCUUGGCGACGACUUCUCUGAAAUGGUCGAAGGUGAUCAUGAUGGUGCUAAUGAUGGCACUGAUGACGAUGAUGCUGAGGGUGCUGAUGAUGAAGAGGAGGAGGAAGAGGAGGAGGAAGAGGAGGAGGAAGAUGAGGAGGAAGAGGAAGAGGAAGAGGAAGAAGAAGAGGAAGAGGGGGCGAUGGGUGAGCAGAUGGACGAAGUGAAUUGCAGAAGGAAUGAGGAGCCUGAAGUGGUGGUAUUGCUGCCUUCGGACUUCCGAUCGGUCCCGUCUUAUCUGCCCGGACGUAUGAAGUUGGUGUCGACUGGCAUCUAUCAGGACUCGCAUCACUGUUCCGACGAGAGGCUCCUCUUUGACCAGCUCCAGUUGCAUGGCCUGCUAGGCGGCCAGCUGGCGUCUCCCACUGACGCAACUGGACGACGGCAUUACCAUCAUCAGCCUCAGAACUGGCUCUCGAUGGAGCAGUCUGAGGCUGAGCAGGUUGUGGCUGAUCGAGGAGGCGAGUCCGGCCCUCGUCACUUGACGACCGAGGCCUCGUGUCUUGGGAGGACUGGCAACGUUGCGCUACAGCUCGACCAUUUCCAACAACUGGGCCAGGAGGGGUGCGUUUAA